CCAUUUAAUUGCAAAGAAGGGAUUGGGCAAGACUUCUCUCCCCUCCACUUUGGUCAUUGGCCCAUCUCUUCAACCACUCCUCCCUUCGCCCGCCGAUCCCUGCCUCCUUUUCUUCCUCUGCGAGUCUUUUGGCGUCGACUCUUGAUCUCCGCGUCUUGGAUUGGUUCAGUUGGAUCGGCGAUCGUCGCGCCGCGCCCUACGUUUUGGUUUUCUGCAAGUGAGCCCUUCUUCAAGCAUCCGUCGGUUCUCGACCAACCUCCGUCGAUCGAACAUCAGUCAUCUAAGGUGGAAAGCGCCUUCUCCCGAGAUGUCACCUACACAAAGACUGAAGUCGAGAAAGGCUUCUUGAGUUGGUCCCUCUGAUGCUUAUGUUAGCGCUAAGCAUUAUGUUUGUUGCAAAUUGGCUUGUAUCAGGCAUUCAGCUUAGUAUCCAUCUCAACUUGGUAAACUGCAAUAUUGGUUCAGAGCUUUAAGGAAAUUAGGAAAAUACACGAUGUCUGUGAUACGGUCUGCAGAUUCAUCUACUGCCUACGGUGAGUCAAACAUUUAUACUCGUAAGGGUGGUGGUGACAGCUCAGCUAUAUCCAGGCAAAUAUUAAGUGCGGAUGAGCAGAUGUACACUUACAGGCCUACCUCAUACCAUUCCGGCUUCUAUUCCCAGCAAUACGUAACCAAUGCGUCAUCAGAAACGGUGCAUGCUGAUCCAUUUCACAUGUCUGGAUCCUCAAUUCCAAGACGCUAUCUUCAAGUUUCUUCAGCUCCCUAUCAGCUGAUGGCUAAUAUUCACUCAUCUAUCAUAUCGGAAAAUCCUUAUAGUUCCUGCUUUGCAGCAGUUCAGAAUCCUGAUUCCUCAGCAAGCUCUAACAUCUCUCAUCAAACUUCCCAUUCUUUAUCUGACAAUCCAAGUCCAGAGCAAGAAAUAGACUAUGGUGAAGAUGAAAUCAGGUUAAAGCUUCGAGAACUUGAGCAGGCAUUAUUGAAUGAUAAUGACGAGGACUUGGUGGAUUCAGACCAGGUCAUGGGAAUUGAAGAUGAUUGGGCUGAGCCUAUCAAGGACCUGUUACUUCCAAGCUCACCAAAAGAGUCAUCGGCAGAUUCAAGUGUCAGUUGUGUUGGCAGCAAUAGAGAACCACGAACUCCCAAGCAUCUACUUUUUGACUGUGCAGCUGCAAUCUCACAAAGUAGCAUGGAGGAAGCACAAGCUAUCAUAACUGAGCUUCGUCAGAUGGUUUCGAUUCAAGGGGACCCUCCUCAAAGGCUUGCAGCCUACAUGGUGGAAGGUCUGGCAGCUAGAAUAGCCUCUUCAGGGCGAGGUUUGUACAAGGCUCUAAAAUGUAAAGAACCCCCAACUUCAGAUCGGCUUUCAGCAAUGCAGAUUCUGUUUGAGGUCUGCCCAUGCUUUAAGUUUGGUUAUAUGGCAGCAAAUUAUAUAAUUGUCGAGGCAGUCAAGGAUGAAGCAAAAGUUCAUAUCAUAGACUUUGACUUAAACCAAGGUAGUCAAUAUAUAAACUUGAUACAAACUCUUUCAACCUGGGCAGGUAAACGACCACAGCUCAGGAUAUCUGGGGUGGAUGAUCCAGAAUCAGUGCAGCGGGCAGUCGGAGGCUUGAAAAUUAUUGGUCACCGCCUUGAGAAAUUGGCAGAGGAUCUUGGUGUCCCAUUUGAGUUUCGAGCAAUAGCUGCUAAGACUGGGGAUAUAACUCCUGAAAUGCUAGACUGCCGACCUGGGGAGGCACUUGUGGUUAACUUUGCAUUUCAACUGCAUCAUAUGCCAGAUGAGAGUGUAUCAACAGUGAACCAGAGAGACCAGCUGCUUCGAAUGGUUAAGGGCCUAGGACCAAAACUGGUCACAAUUGUUGAGCAAGAUAUGAACACUAAUACAGCUCCUUUCUUCCCAAGGUUUGUGGAGGUUUACAAUUAUUAUUCAGCAGUCUUUGAUUCACUUGAUGCAACUCUUCCAAGAGAGAGCACAGACCGAAUGAAUGUAGAGAGGCAGUGCCUUGCACGAGACAUUGUCAACAUUGUGGCUUGUGAGGGUGCUGACCGCAUUGAGAGGUAUGAGGUAGCCGGAAAGUGGAGGGCAAGAAUGACCAUGGCUGGGUUCGUUUCAUGCCCCUUCAGCGCCAAUGUCAACGGAUCGAUACAAGCAUUGUUAAAAUCGUACUGUGAUAGAUACACGAUCAAGGAGGAAAUUGGGGCACUCUACUUUGGAUGGGAGGACAAAAAUUUGGUUGUUGCGUCGGCAUGGAAGUGAGGCCUUUUUUUGCUACCACUACAUGUGUCGUUGUCACUGUACUGGGUUGCUGUUGUGUAGUUUUGACGUGCAUAAGCAUCGAGAAAUCUACUGAUGUGAAUAUAUCUGAUCAACACUGCCAUAGUUCACGCGGAUAAUUAUGAUCUUGCAGACCUUUCUUCUAGUCGCAUAACAAUGCUUGUUGUAAUAUAUUGGUGCUUUGUGAGCUAGAAAUAGAGACAUGUCUAUCCGGUGGUUUCAUGCCCUCU